UCUCAUCUGUGAUGGAGGCUGUGGAUGGUACUCCAGCAUGAACAGAGGAGAAGUGUACAUCAAGUGGGUCUGGAGUUGACAACAGCUGAGCCGCUUCAGGCAGAAACAGAAAAAUCCAAAAGAAGACAGAUCUGCUGCUGAUGAGUCUUAAAUACAACAAACAGGAUGAUUUCCAGCCAUGAAAAUGUAUUUUAUUCUCCAUCAUUUUUUUGAUUUUCUCAUCUUCACACUUUUUGUCUCUUUGCUUGUAGUGAUUGAUGGCACAUCUCAUGACAAGCAUCCAGCUGUGGACCAUUGCUUCCCAAAUCCGUGCCAAAACCAGGCUAUAUGCCGGAACCGCGGGAACGGAUACUCUUGCUUCUGCGUGCCAGGCUUCCAAGGCGCUCGCUGCCAGAUAGAUGUGAACGAGUGUGUUUCACAGCCCUGCAGAAACGGAGCCACCUGCGUGGACAGAGUGGGCCGAUUUUCCUGCGUGUGUUCUCCUGGAUUCACAGGGACCACAUGUGAGGUCCAGACUGACGAGUGUCAGUCAGAGCCAUGUCAAAACGGUGGUCGUUGUCAUAGCUACGCCGAGGGCUUCAGAUGCACCUGCCUCCCUGGUUUCCAAGGACACCGGUGCGAAAUCAACACUGAUGAGUGCCAAGAGCAGCCGUGCCAAAACGGGGCCGUGUGCAUCGAUGGGGUGAAUGAGUACAGCUGUGACUGCUCACACACAGGCUUCACUGGCCGACACUGUGAGACGCCCUUGUCACAGUGCCACUCUGAUCCCUGCAUCAACAUCGCCACCUGCAGGGACAACCACGGGAACUACACCUGUGAGUGUAGGCCUGGGUUUGAGGGGCGGCACUGUGAGAUCCACAUCGGUGAGUGCAGCAGCAGCAGCAGGCCCUGCAUGCAUGGCGGCAGCUGCAUUGAGAGGUCAUGGCAGGACUUGGACGGUGCUGAGCCAGAAGGAAAUCCCCCGAGUCAAGCUGCAGGCUUCACCUGCCUCUGUCCUCCAGGAACAACAGGUUCCUUCUGCCAGAACCUGAUGAACUCAUGUGAAUCCAGUCCUUGCCAGAAUGGCGGCAGAUGUGAGAACCAAGAUGGAGGCUAUAUUUGUCACUGCCCGAAACAGAGUCAUGAUGGAGUUCUGUACGGAGGAGCCAGCUGUGAUGUGAAGUUGGUGGGCUGUGAGGGCCACGAGUGCCAGAACCAGGGCUCCUGCUCCCCGUUCCUGCUGGAUGACACCCAUGGAUACACCUGUUCUUGCACACCUGGAUACACUGGACCACUCUGUUACACCCCGACCACGUUCUCCUUCGAGCGCAGAGGGUACUUGUUGUUGCACAACCCCUUGUUGGAUCCUGAAUUAACCUGCAACAUCACAUUGAGCUUCAAGACUGUUUUACCCAGAGCAUUGCUGUUCCAGCGGAACAUCAGGGGGCUGCUGCUGAGUUUGGAGCUGGAGGGGGGGCAGCUACGCCUCACACUCAGGAGGGAGGACUCAGACGGGGCUGAAGCAGAAAGUCAGAUCCUGGAGUUUCCACACAACGUCACAGAUGGAGAGUGGCAUUCUGUAGAGGCUGUGCUCACAAACUGGGCCCUCAGCCUUAAACUGCUGGAUGAUGCUGGGAUCUGUGGAGACCAGUCCUGCUACAGAAAGGUGCUCGUCCAAAGAACCAUAGUGGGACAAGAGGCUUCUCCUCAAAACACCUUCAUUGGGGGAACACUUGAGAACCCAAACAGCUCCAGUGAGUCUUCUGCAUUCCCUUUCAUCGGCUGCAUGCGGGACGUGUUUGUGGACUGGCAGCUCGUGGUUCCUGAGGAAUGGCUGAGCGACUCGGCUGUUAACGUGUCCCCCGGCUGCAGCCACAGGGACCGCUGUCUGGAUGAGCCGUGCCAAAACGGAGCGAGCUGUGUGAACCUGUGGCAGAGCUACCGGUGCCGGUGUGUGAGGCCGUACGAGGGGCAUGACUGUGAGGAGGAACACGUGACCGCUCGCUUUGGGAACGAGGACCAUCACAGCUUUGCAGUCUUCAGCAUCACUGAAGAUCUGGGUCAGAACCUUUCUGUCUCCAUGUUCCUGCGCACACGGAGGCCUGGCGGCUUACUCCUGGGGCUCGUCAACAGCAGCAGCUCCUACCUGCACCUGUGGCUGGAGGACGGAAAGGUCACGGUUCAGCUUCACAACUCAGAGAGGCUGAAGGCAGGCAGAGCCGUUCAUGAUGGAGAGGCCCACUUUGUGAAGGUGGAGGUGGUGGACACUCGUAUGUCCCUCUAUAUAGCUGAGCAGAAACAAGGAGAGAUGGAUGUUGGGAGUUUUGACGUCAAAGCGGGUGAUGUUGUUUAUGUGGGAGACCCGCUGGAGAGAAGCAACACUUCUGAGUUUGGAGGGCUCUUCAAAGGCUGCAUCCAGGACCUGAGGGUCAGCAACAGGAGGCUGCAGUUCUUCGGUCUGGACGCCUCAGUGAGGUCAUUUCCUCUUGAGCUGAUGGAAAACGUGACCGCAGGCUGCUCUGGAGACAAUACCUGCAGCGGGAACCCGUGCCUAAAUGGAGGGCUUUGCUUCUCCAAGUGGGACGAUUUCACCUGCACCUGUCCUGUCAACACAGCAGGACGCCGCUGUGAGGAGGUGCAGUGGUGUGAGCUGGCCCCCUGCCCCUCAGAGUCGGAGUGCAGGAUGCUGCAGCAGGGAUACGAGUGUUACUCUAAUGCAACGUUCCUGAACGACAGCACGGUUCUGUCAUUCCGAGGAAACGGCCACAUUCUGCGUAACAUCACGACUCUGUCUCUGAAGCUGCGCACUCGGAAGCGUAACGCAGCCAUCCUUCAUGCUGAGGAGGGCUCCUCUUUCAUCACCGUCUCUGUCCAGGAUGGAGUCCUCUUCAUGGAGCUUCAGAGCAGCCCUGGAGGAGACAGCAGGCAGGAGGAGGAGGAGGUGGAAGAGGAGGAGGAGGAGAAUGGAGUGUGGACGGUGAGUCUGAGCAGCAGGAGGAGUGUCAGUGAUGGUGAGUGGCACUCUGUUCGUUUAUUCAUGACAACACCGUGGGCUCUGUCCUCUCGCUGGACUAUGGUGCUGGAUGAGGACGUAGAAACCAGCCUUUCCAGGAAGCGAGGCGGGAAUCUGAACUUUCUCAGAAAAGAGGUGGACAUCUACUUGGGGGGCCUGGCCCCUGAGGCUGGCUGGUCCCUGGCUGGAUGCUUGGGCACCGUGGAGCUGGGUGGCAUCGCCCUGCCGUACUUCAGCUCCUCAGAUGUGAACCUCCCACGCUUGCAGGAGGAGCAGUUCCUCCUAAAGUCCUCACAUCCUCCUCUGGCUGGCUGCAGCGCGGCCCCCGUGUGUGAGCCCAGCCCCUGUGUGAACGGAGAAUGCCAGGACCUGUUCAACAUCUACAACUGCAGCUGUGCAGACGGGUGGGCCGGGAGACGCUGCGACAUCCUCAUAGAUGCCUGUAUCUCCAGUCCCUGCAUCCACGGCAACUGCACCGUCAACGGGCUCACCUACGAGUGCACCUGUGAGUUAGGCUACACAGGUGUGGACUGUGAGGAGGAGGUGGACGUGUGUGAAAACCACCUGUGUGCCAACGGAGGCACCUGCCUGCACGGGCCGGAUAAAUACGCCUGUCUCUGUCCUGAGAACUACACUGGACCCAUCUGCAGUGAACGUGUGGAAGAAGUUCCUUGGUACAUCAUUGUCAGAAAUGUAAGGCCCAAACUGCCGGUUUCUGUUUGUGGUGACAACAACAGAAAUUACACCUGCUUCAAUGGAGGCAACUGCACCAACCGAGAGCUCUCUUGUGACUGUCCACCAGGCUUCCACGGACACAGAUGCGAGCAGGAGGUGGAUGAGUGCAGGUCCAACCCUUGUCUGAACGGAGGUUAUUGCCGCAACCUGAUCAACAAGUUCCAUUGUGUGUGCGACAUGAGCUUCGCUGGAGACGUGUGCCAAACGGACCUGACCUCUGAGGGUUUGACCUCCGACCUCUUGCUCUCUAUAAGCCUGGCGUCUGUCAUCCUACUGCUGGUUGUGAUCCUGACCUCUGUCAGCUUGGUGAUGGCGCUUAACCGACGCGCCACUCAUGGCACCUACAGCCCCAGCCGGCAGGAGAAGGAAGGAUCCCGCGUGGAGAUGUGGAGCAUCACUCAGCCACCGCCGAUGGAGAGACUGAUAUGAGAUGCAUGAUUUACAUGCAGGCUGUUAAUCUGAGGGGAUCAAAGACAUAAAACUGUGCAACACUUCUGAAAAGCAGAAGGUUCGGUUUGGAUUCAGUUACCUAGAUCCUGCACCGUUCACUCUGCUGCAUUUCUCUGCAGGAACACCGGAUCAAUGCUUCAAUCAUCUGAGUGCUGCAAGGAACCAAACAAAGAUGGAGUUUGUUUAGUGAACCACUUCUAUUAGUUUUACAGUGAGCAAAUAAAAGAAAACUGAACUGUUUCAUCUCUCCAUUCAUUUAAAGAACAUAUGUUACAGAAAACUGGCCCUUUGCAUCCUUUUGUGCUACCAUGUGGGUCUACUGCCUCUAUAAACACUCCAAAUGUGAAAUAACCUUCCUAUCGCUUUUCUGUUAGUGUCUGGUUUUAGGAACUAUGUGCCUGUUACUGUUUGUAAUAUUACAAAAAGGAAAAUUAGACGAGAACCACCUCUCACGUGCAAGAGAUCUUCUACUGGAGGAGCCCUUCCUUCAUAUCGGAGCUUCUUAGCUUAUAGCAGCUUGAGUGGGGGAAUGGGUGGGCAUGGCCAGCUCCAGCUUGUAUUCUUGUAAUGGGCCUCUGAAAUGGUUCAUUCUGGAAGGUACUGAAACUGUCAAGGAUAAAACUGCUGAAAUGAGAAAAGGAUUUAGGCCAAAGAACUUCCUGAACAUAUUUGGCAUCGACUAUAACCACCAGAACUUGUAAGUCAUAUGUCCCCUUUAAAUGUUUAAAUUUGUUCAUUCAAGCAGCUUGUUUUUAAUUUAUUUAUGGACAAAUAUUUUAAACUCCACUGACACUGUAGAAUGUUUUGAUGUUUGAACAAAAUGAUUUAAAAAAAAAGUCACAUUUUGUGUUGAAUAGACCCAAGUUUAGACUGUAUUGUGUGUAUGGUGCCAUAAUUAUUUUAAACUGUGGUUUCUAUAGUUUUUUAUGUGCUGCCUAAAUAAACUGAUUUUAUUUAUUUUA